CAGUCUUACGGACGUUUGCAGAGCUGCACAGGCAUACAACCAGUUGCACUUUCCUGGAAAACCUUUGCAAGUUUCAUUUCAAUAGUAAAACUAUUAAAUACUUGAAUCAACAUUUAUUUGGCUUUAGGACAGACUCGGCUGAUGCUUAGCGCGCUUUGGCAUGCGUGGAGUUGCAAAGUGCUGGGUAUCGCUGUUGAAAUAAACGAGCGGAGAGGUGUGGAGCCGCCCAGGACCCCGUCAAUCCAGAAGGAUGCUGGGGGGAAAUGCCUGCAGACAGAGAGGAUGAGAUCUGUCGAAAGGCGCUGGAACUGCUCUCGGAUCUUUGCUCAAAGGGGGAAGUGCAAAACGAUAACUGUUUGGAUUUCAUUUAUUAUUUCCGAGAUCUUGCAAGACCUCGAAUUGAGUCAGAUGUGUCGGUGAGCCUACUGUCCCUGCUGGUGACCACCUGUGGCCUGGCCCUCUUUGGGGUCUCUGUCUUUGUGUCCUACAAGCUCUGGUGGGUGCCAUGGCGCGAGCGCUUCUUCCCCUCGGGCCCCAAGGAGGGCGAGCAGCAGCCGGUGCUGAGCGAGGAGGACGGCGCCGAGCUGGACUACAGCCAAGACUGCUGCACCAAGGAGCCCGCGGGCCCGAUGGUGCCGCCGCUGCUGCCCGAGUCGGCCAUGAAGAUCAGCCACACGUCGCCCGACAUCCCCCUGGAGGCCCAGAGCAAGGCCAAAGCCAACUACAUGCGCCACAACCCACGCGUGCAGCGCCAGAUCACAGAGCCCACCUCGUCUGUACGGCAUAACUCGAUCCGCCGGCAGAUGAACCUGUCCAACCCCGACUUCAACAUGGCCCAGUUCCAGAGGCAGGAGUCGCUGGCCACGCUGGGCCGCAUCAAGCCCGAGCUGUACAAGCAGCGCUCGGUGGACGCUGAUGACGAGCGGCACCCGGACGGCUGUGGCUGGCUGCACUUCGUCCUCAAGUACGACUGCGACCUGGAGCAGCUCAUCGUGAAGAUCCACCGGGCCGAGGACCUGCCCGCCAAGGACUUCUCGGGCACGUCUGACCCCUACGUCAAGAUCUACCUUCUGCCCGAGCGGAAGACCAAGCACCAGACCAAGGUGCACCGCAAGACUUUGAACCCCGUGUUCGACGAGGUCUUCCUGUUCCCAGUGGCCUACGGUGAGCUGCCCAUGCGCAAGCUGCACUUCAGCGUCUACGACUUUGACCGCUUCUCACGGCACGACAUCAUCGGUCAAGUUGUGGUGGACAACUUCCUGGACCUGCCCGACUUCCCGCAAGAGACCCGGCUGUGCAGGGACAUCCUCUAUGUCACCUCUGAUAACGUGGACCUGGGCGACCUCAUGUUCUCCCUGUGCUACUUGCCCACGGCGGGCCGACUCACCAUCACAAUGAUAAAAGCCAGAAAUCUGAAAGCCAUGGACAUCACAGGAGCCUCGGAUCCCUAUGUAAAGGUUUCUUUGAUGUGCAGUGGCCGCAGACUGAAGAAGAGAAAAACAUCGACCAAGCGCAACACUCUUAACCCCAUCUACAAUGAAGCCAUAGUUUUUGACGUACCCCCAGAGAACAUUGACCAAAUAAGUCUUUUGAUAGCUGUGAUGGAUUAUGAUCGGGUAGGACACAAUGAGGUGAUCGGUGUGUGUAGGGUGGGAAACGAGGCGGAGAGUUUGGGGAGAGACCACUGGAAUGAGAUGCUGACUUAUCCUCGCAAGCCCAUAGCCCACUGGCAUUCACUUAUGGAGGCUAGAAGACAUCUGCUUUUCUCAAAGGCCCAGUUGGCCAUUAGGCCAGCAUCUGAGAAGUGGUCAGGGCAGGGCACGACGGGCGGGAGCCAGGGGUCCUGCAACUCCCUCAAGACCCCACCGUCGCCGUGACGAGUGCAGCGCCAAACUUCAGCCAACACGCAAGCACCAGAAGGUCCAAUCAAGACAUAGACAUUAAAACAAAAGGUGGAGUGACAAGGCGAUUUUUGAAGUUACCUACCCACAAACGUGACAUUCCUGUGAUGCCUGCACCAGUGUGCUCUUUAAGAAAAUAGGAGAAGGUCUUUAUUGAGCUGCAUGUUCAGUGACUAUAUAUGGCUAGUGUUUUGUUUUAUAAUUGUUACAAAUUACCAGGGUUUUAGUUAAGAGGCUAAUAUUUUUCAAUAGUCAUCUUUCAUGUCUGCACCUAACUCAUUGUUAAAUUAGUGUUUUUUUAGUACAAUGCAUGGAUUCUGUUUUGUACAGUAUUAUUGUUUUUUGGAUUUCUUUCAUGACAACUGUCAGAUCUUGUAAUAUUGUGGAAACACUGGCACUGUAACAUGACAAUGGAUCCCUACACCUAGUAUGUAAAUUGUACUGACCAGAUGUUACUAUCAAAUAUUUAUAUAUAAAACUUUAUGUCAUCGGUA